AUGAGAGAAAUCAUUGUAGCUUUACUGCCAGUUAGGAAAACAGCUACUCUGCUAGGAUUUGUUACUAAUCUUGUGUUAACUGAGGAAAGUACUUGGAAGAAGGGGAAGGGAACUGGAUCUGGCCAGUGGACUGGAACCGUGUGCCCCCCCCACCUUCUAAGGGCCAAGUUUAAAAGGUAUACAUUGUACUGAAGAAGGCCAACAUCUUCAGCAGGAAUUUAGGACCAAAUAUUGAAAUCGCUGUAGAGAUAAAUCCUGAAAGAUCCCCCUGUGCACCGCAGCCAUGCCUUUCCUGCCUUGCCUGAACCAGUGGAGGAAGAAGAAGAAGCGGCCGUGGCCCUUGUGCAGAAAGGGAACCGUUCCGAAGCCCAGCAGCCUCAGCCAGCAAAAUUACCACACCUUGCUGGAGCAAUGCUUGAAGAAAGAAUGCCUCUUUGAGGAUGAGUUCUUCCCAGCCGAUGUUAGGUCCAUUGGAAUGGGGCCAUUACUCCAGAAACUGCCCCCAAGGAUACAGUGGAAGAGGCCACAUGAGCUACAUAAGACUCCAGUGUUUUAUUCUGCAAACAAAAAAAGCCUUGCUCUUUGCCAAGGACUGAUAGAGGACUGUUGGUUUUUGGCUGCUGUGGAAGCAUUAUCAUUUCAUCAAGACAUCUUGUCUAAGGUAGUUCCACAGAACCAAAGCUUUGAGAGGAAGAAGUAUGCUGGGAUAUUCCAUUUCAAGUUCUGGCGUUUUGGCGAAUGGGUUGAUGUGGUGAUAGAUGACCGACUGCCAGUUAAUGAAGCUGGUCAGCUUCUUUUUCUCUCUUCUGUUUAUAAGAACCUGUUCUGGGGAGCUCUUCUGGAAAAGGCUUAUGCCAAGCUGUGUGGUUCUUAUGAAGAUCUGCAGAUUGGGCAAGUGUCAGAAGCUCUGGUGGACUUCACAGGUGGAGUUAUUCUGACCAUAAAGCUGGCUGAAGCUCCACCUGACCUCUGGGAUAUCUUGACAAGAGCAACCUACAGCGGAUCUCUGAUGGGUUGCCAGACACAGUCAGGGCCAAGAAGAGUCCUGCAGAAUGGAUUGGUGACUGGCCAUGCCUACACAGUGACAGGCAUUCGAAAAGUGACUUGCAAACAUGGACCUGAAAAUUUAGUGAGACUGAGAAAUCCAUGGGGAAAUGGUGAAUGGAAAGGUGACUGGAGUGACAGCUCUGGGAAGUGGGAGCUGCUCAGCCCAAAGGAGAAGAUUUUGCUGCGGAGAAAUUAUGACGAUGGAGAGUUCUGGAUGUCUGUGCAAGAUUUUAAAACCUAUUUUGUGGGUCUGAUGAUCUGUAAAUUAACUCCCGAUCUCAUGAGUCAGGAAGAUGGGAAAAAGUGGACGUGCUCUAUGCAGUUUGGCAAAUGGGUCAAAGGAAGCACAGCGGGUGGCAGGAUGAAAACCCAUAAAGGUACAUUUUGGAUGAAUCCCCAAUACUUGCUGAAAGUUCUGCAAGGCAAUGGGAGCAAAAGGUCCUUAUAUUCGUGCAGUGUCUUGGUGUCUCUGAUUCAAAAGCACAACAACAAACACCGGAAUCGGAUGCCACAUCUACACAUAGGCCUCUCUGUUUAUAAAGUAGGUAGAAUCUUCUUGUCUUUUGUUGUUGGGAUGGAUUGCCCUAAGCCAGAGGUAGCCAAUGUGAUACCCUCCAGAUGUUGUUGGACUUCAGAUCCCAUCAGCCCCAGACAGCAUGGCCAAUGGCCAGGGAUGAUGGGAGUUGUAGUCCAGGUGGGCCCAGAGUACUAUGACAUUAAUAGAAGAUUGCCCCCUGCCUUCUUUGCCUGGAACAUGCCUCUGAAUAGAUCAUUCUUUGUGAAUGACCGUGAAGUAACUCAGGACUUCCGGCUACCCCCUGGGGCCUAUGUCAUUGUCCCCUCUACCUCAGAACCCCAACAGGAGUCAGAGUUCAUCCUGCGGGUCUUCUCCAGGAAGCAUAGCCUUCAUGAAUUGGGUGGAGAUUCAAGCUGUGUCCUCUCAAAGGAAAUAGUUGACAAACAUGAAGGUUGGGAGGAUUUCUUCGCUAAGUAUUUUGAUCAGUAUCCUGAAAUAAAUGCAGUCCAGCUGCAGAGGAUCCUGAACAACGUGGCAUGGACAAAUUUUCAGAACUAUGGUCUGAGAUUUAGCCUGGAGGCCUGCCGGGGUAUACUGGCCCUCCUAGAUCUUAACAGUACUGGUACCUUGAGCAUUCAAGAAUUCAGAUUCCUGUGGAAGAAGCUCCUUCUGUAUCAGGAAAUUUUCCAGAAAAAAGAUAUUCACCAGACAGGGACUUUGGAUCAAGCACAGCUGCAGGCUUCUGUGCAAGAAAUAGGAAUCUCCCUCAGCGAUGAGCUCUGCAAGCUGUUGGCAAUGCGAUAUGGGAACCCUGAUCUGAAAAUCACCUUUGAAAGCUUUGCCUGCUUCAUGCUGCGUGUGGAGCUCAUGAUGGAGGCCUUUCAUAAUGCAAGUAAAGAUGGCAAAGGAAUAUAUCUUCGAGAGUCCGAGUGGAUGAUGAUGACUCUCUAUUCAUGAAGUAGAGCAAAGACGAAGAGGUGAACCAAGCUACAUGGACCUUCACAAGGACAGAAAGGGCAUUUGCUAUCGGCUUUCUAUAUACAGUGGUUGACAUUUUGAGCCCAGUCUUCUCAUUGUUAUGGAAUUCAGAGGAGUUUCAUUCCUUGGGAGCAGUUCCAUUGUUGUCUCUUGCGACUGCUUGUGGGUCCAGCAUGAGUUUAAUGGCCAGAAAUCACAAGUAUAUUGAUUGAGGUUUCUUUUUAAAAAGUGCUUUCCUUAAAAGCAAAACAAAAUCUGAGUUACAGAUCAACCAGCUGGGGACAAUGCAGGCUGACUGUGUUGUUAAGUCAUGUAUCAUUUUAGUUCUUUGCUGGGUAUGUACUAUUAGACCAGAAGGGAAUAGUUAUAGCUGUAUUGAGGAACAGCAAGCAAGUGAACAAACACAAAAUGGCCUAAAGGGCCUUGGAGCAACUAAUCUAAAGAACCACCGUUUUCCACAUGAACUAGCCUGAACCUUAAGAUUGGCUUUGGAGGCCCUACUCUUUAUCUCAUCAUGGGAGAUCAGACAGGCAUGUACAAGAAACAUGACAUUUUCAAUGGUAGGACCUACCCUGUAGAGAUCUGCUAGGAUCUGUCUAUGUGCAUUUUAGGUAUCUUUUUCAACGAGCUUUGAACAUCUAAUUGAUUUUCUGUUUAAUGAACUGCUGCUUUUAAAAUGAUAUGACUGUUGCUGCUAAAAUAGAAUUUUAAUUUUAAAAAUAAUUUUAUUUGUGUUUUUUUGAUAUUUAUAAUUUUGGUUAUGAUUGUAUUUAUUUUUUGUAAGCCAUUUAGUUGCUUUUAAGCAGAAAGGUUUGGAUAAAAAUGAACUAAGUGGCUUACCAUGGCUGGUGAAAUUACCUACAAAGGUUAGGAUGUAUAUCUCACUGUAGAUAAUUAUUUAUCUACACACAAUGCUUCUGUUUCUAGCCUUAGCUUUGAAUGUUAGGCAGUGCUGCCUAAAUCCAUUUCUGUUCUGUUUGAGUUGGUAUUAAGUUGGGCUGGAGUUAAGUAGCUGGACUACUUGAGUACAAUAUUUUAUUUAUUGCUAUAUUUAAUUACCUGUCUUAAGCUUAUCCAAUAAGGUAGGAUAAUGAAAGCAGGCAUGCAAGAAUCUUUGUAGUCCUCGGGGAUAUGGCAGAAAUUGUCAGAAGCACUGCAGCUUGUCACUUUCUGUUUCUUUUCAAUAAGCAAACUUCUGUACUCCUGAAUAGCAGUUGCUAUUCAGUGGCAGCUGCCUGCACAUGUUGCUUUAUUGCAGGAUUAGGGCCUAAAUUUUAAUAGCUAAGAAAGCUUGAUGGCCUCUGCAGCUGUGUGUGACUGAAGGAGAGAAAUCCUUCACGGCUAAAGAAGAUUGGGAAGAAACAGGAAUGGGAAGGACAGCAGCUUCAAUCCUGCUCUUAGUGGCUUCAUUGGAUUUGGGAUUUCAUCCUGCUAAACUGAUUUUUUAAAUAUAGUUUGGAACAGCCUUUCCCAACCAGUGUGCCUCCAGGUGUUGUUGGACUACAACUCCCAUCUUCCUGACCAUUGGCAAUGCUAGCUGAGGCUGAUGGGAGUUGUGGUCCAACAACUUCUGGAGGCACACUGGUUGGGAAAGGCUGGUUUGGAAUAUAUUGUGCAAGUUGUGAAGGAAGCCCCAUUUGAACAUGGCUGUAGCCAAGAUCAUAUGUUCUACUGUGCUGGCAUUGUUUUGUGUAUCAGAUUUUUGUACAUAUUUAUGCCUUACCUUUUUUUCAAUGUAGCUCAUUGUAACUGUACUAGUAUUGUGUAGAUUAUUCGGUCACCUCACAGAAUCCAUCUCUGAAGUGUAUUCAGUAAAGUUUUUAUAAUGCUAAGUAGCCCUGAGAUAUGUGAAGAGGUGUCUCACUGGACUCAUUAUGCCUUAACUUGCACAAUGCAAACUCCGUACUGUGGAUCACCAUGAAAGCAUUUUAGCAGUGGUGUUUGCUUAGGCAUUUUUAAGCCUAAAUAUAUCUAGCAGAGGAACACUUCCAGAAAUGUGAAGAUUUAACUUCUGUUUUCAGUGUGCAUGGUAGAAAACAACAUAAAAGAUAUCUGAAUGAUGCAUUCAUUUAUAUUGAGAGGUACUUAGAUGAAAUUAUGUAUUUUGCUGAGUUCUGUUGUAAUUACAGAAAGAAUUGCCAGGAUAUCACUGUGGAGGUGGUAAGGUGAUGAGAAGCCUUUCACAGAAAGAGUAGAAUGAUGUGGAAAGCAGCCUGUGAAGCAAUUGCAAUUCGUAAUAUAGAAAUAAGGAGUAAUAUAAGGUUAUAACCACCAAGCUUUCAGAACUGUAAUGUGUGUACAUCCUGAAGAAUAAUAAAGUUUAAGAUAAAGAAGGCAUUUGGAAGGGGCGUACAUCCUUUUGUAUUGGGUCAAUAUUUAGGCAACUUCAGAGAGCCAUAACUAUUCAGUUUACUUAUUUGGAUUGAAUUGGGCUUAAGUUAAGUAGCUGGACUACUUGAGUAUACAAUAUAAAAUAAUUGAUACAAGUUAGUAGGAAGCCUUUUUCUAAUGCAAUUACCAGUGCAUUAUGAGCAGACUGUUGGUAGUUAAGAAACUGAUCUAGAAACAAAAGCAAUCAGCUUUAUCAGAUGUCAUUGGCAUGCUACCUUCAGCUAUAGUACAUCAUCACCACUGCAACAGGCCAGCAUCUACUUUAGUUGGGGUUAGUUAUGCCUUCCGUAAUACCAUAUUGACUCUCCUGCUUUGAGUAGCAGAGAACCUAGGUUCAGUUACUGCCAUCUGAAGAAAAAAAAUCUUCAGUAGGAGGGCUGAGAAAGUCUUCUCCUUGAGACCAUGGAGAACUACUUGAGACCUUUGGAGUGGAUGGUUGGCACUACAUGAAUCAAUGAUGUGAUUCAGCAUAGUUGCCCUUAGGGAGUCCCUAGUCAAAAAAUGUUGCCUGGGUUAUAAACUCACUGGGGAUGGUGAUGAGAAAGACCCUGCCCUUUCCAUCGUUAUGCAAAAUGAGUGAAUGAAAGAACUUCUGCUUUUGGAAGAUUUUAUAGGUAUUUGUCUUGGCUUUCCCUAUGAUAGAAGUGGGCAACUGUGGCCUUCCAGAUGUUGUGGAGUCCAACUCCCACCAGCCUGAGUCAGCAUAGGGUGAUGGGAAUUGUAGUCCAACAACAUAUGGAAGGCCACAGGUUCCCCAUCCCUUCACUUUGGCUAAUGUGAUAUAGUGGUUAGAGUGUUUGACUAAAGCCUAAGAGACCCAGGUUCAAAACCCCACUUAGGCUCCUUUGAGAUUGUCGGAGGAAAAGUAGGAUAUAAAUGUAAUUUUAAAAAUGAAUAAUCUUAAAAAGUGUCUUUUUUCUUGUCACUAUGGAUCAUUCAGACAAAUGUUUGUAUCUGGUCCUCUCCAGAUGCUGCUUUUAUUUAGAUAUAUGUUUUCUCAUUGGAUAUGCCACAGGUAGAGAAGGGCUGAUUUUCUACUCAGGAGCUUUUUGCAAAAUGAAAUGCUAAAAAACAAUGGCUCCCUUUGCUUUGGCUUCCUGCUGUGUCUUACACUGGAUUGCACCUGAAAAGAAACCUUGCCAAGCUUGAAGUUCAAUUUAUCAGCACAGUCAAGAUUGAUUUGUUACACCACCUAUGCUGAGGAAAUGAAUGUCUCCAUUCUGUUCCUAUCCAAUCCCAGCAGAUCUUUGUUUUCCUCAGGUCGCCUCUGUAAUGUAAGAAGCUGACAUUCCUCAGAUAAGUGUGGGGGGCGGGGGAGACUUCAGCAAAAUACAAAUUAACUGCCUGCAUCCAGCAAAGACAUUACCAAAAAUUCAUGCUGGUUGGAAUGUGAAGCAGACACGUGGUACUACAUGCGCCUGGCAAGGAGGCAACUGCAGUUACUUGGUAUAGGCAGGGGAUGGGUGGGAUGCUGAAACUACUCCAAAGAGCAACAUUUGAACUGAAGCAGGCAUAACCAUCUACAUUUUGGCAUUUUGUUCAGACAAGCCUUCGGCCUCAACAGAGGACUUGUUAUAGCCACUAUGUAUAAAUAUGCACUUCGUUUAGUUGGCUGUUUUGAAAUCAGAUUUGUUGAUAUUGUUGAUGUCAUAUUUGCAUGUUUUUAUACUGUUGUUUGUGUUUUACUCUUGUCAGCCACCUUGAGUGCCAUUUGAUGGAAAUGCAGGCUACACAUUUAUUUAAAUAUUUU